ACGUUAUAGAAUCAAAUAAUAGACAGACACGUGGGAAGCAACUUGCGAAUGCUGCGAUAGAUGCAAUGAACGAUGUACAGGCUAUACAGCUCGCUAAAAUACAACAAGAGAGAACGGAGUUGAAGCUGACGAUUCAGAUGACACUCGGUGGCUGUACACUCUCCAGCUUCAAGGAAUACCUCAAAGAGCUUUCUUCAGCUGGUUUAGAGAGGAUACAACACGAGAGGCACAUCGCUGAGCUCUGCUCGUACCCGCCAUGUAAGAAUCCUCCAAAAUUUGCUUAUAAAGAGCAGCAAUCGCAAUUGAGAAUCGACAGACAAUCGCUCAGUUUGUACAAUAGUCACGAUAAGGGUGCUUUCUGUAGUGAUACCUGUAAACAGCGUGCAAAUUGGGCUAUUACACACUGUGUUGGGAAGAAGGAAAAUGACUUCAAUUUGUUAGUCGACGUAAAAGGUAAUAAAAAGCUGCUAGAGGAGUAUGAAAGUGGAGCUACUAUCACUCAGGAUGUUACUCCUACACCAUCAUCACCACCAAAAAAUGUUAGAUUUCAAUAGCGCCUUCGUAGGUGUUAUGAGGUAUACGAACAAGAUAGUCACCGCCGCUUGUAUAGUUACCUUACUCAGUAGACCGUCAUUUAACGCUGCUUGGGGUAUUGGUGGUGCAGCAGCUUCUUCAAUCGUUGCGAAAACGCUAAAAUUGUUCAUUAAUAGUGCACGUCCAUCAGAAAGUAAACAUCCAAUACGUCAUCCAGAAUUGAGCGAGAAAAUCCUAUCAGGAAUAGACGGCACACGGACUGACGGUAUGCCUAGCACACACUCAACCGUCUCUGGGUGGCUACUCGUCGCUGUUGCCUACUCAGAACUGAACUAUUACAUCAAAAUACCCACAUUAGCCUUUAUAGGCAGCAUACCUCUCUCACGCACACGCCUUGGAAAACACACACGAGCACAGAUAUGUUGGGGAGCUGCACUAGGCUUGUCGCUAGGUCUCGCUGGUAUGCAAGUGCGGGAGUACUUCUAUGAUAUUUUACAACAACUACUAAAUAUGUACAUGCCUAGCCUGAUUGUCUAUUUGUCUUGAAGAUGCAUUUAUAGAUUAUAACUUGCUUUGCCGUUUUGGUGCUGCCCCAAAUCCUUUAUCUAUCGAUAGUCCUAAUUCUGAUGUAGCUAUUACACGCAUGAGUGCAUAAUGAUGUAUGGCAUGUGCAUUAACGAAAUGCAGCUCACGUGCGUAUGUAGAUGGCAUGCUGACAGUAUCUGGCGUAUACACAGUGAGUGUACACUGCUUACGAGCGCUCUCUAUUUUAUCUCGCUUUUGGAAGAAAUCGAUGAAACUAUCGACUAUCUUUUUGGAAUAGGCCAGAUCGGAUUCAAUUCGGCGGUCCUUCGUGGCGAUGUCAAAGUCCACACUCGUCUGUGAGGAUAGUGAGUGUAUAAACACUCCAAAUCGCUCAAGUGUAUGCCUGACGUGCUUGCUUAUCGAUGAAUUAGGGAUGA